AUGGAAACUUGUCAGAUUGGAGACUCGGGUCGCCUCUCAGAGGAUGAUUCCUCUAGAGACAUCACCACGUCGCAUGGCUUUGUUACAUCUGAUUCUGGAAGCCGUCAUGCAGACCCCCAUCGCCUUGACUUACAGGAUCUGACCACCGUCGCGCCUAACAGUGUUGACAGUGGCGGUGAGGUCUCCGGCAGGCCGGAGGAGAGUGAGAGCGCGACAGGAGCUGCAGAGAGACCUCAGUCGAUUGCGGCAGCCGAGCCAUCGUUGCCAGGUGCUAACCUUCCACAUGUAUACGCGCCGAAGAUAAGCGUUGGGGCAGCCUACGAUGGCAUGGUCUGUCGCAUGAGACAAACCGUCCUGACUGACGAGCAGGUGGCCUCUACGCGUGCCCUUUUCAAUGAGAUUGAUGUAGAAGCAAAAGGUCUGCUCGACCCGAACCAGAUUUGUGCUCUGCUUAAUACACUCGGGUACCACCUCACGGAAGAAGAACUUCAACAAGCAAUGGAUGACUAUGAUGUCGACUAUAAAAACGGUCUCAACGAGGACGACCUUAUUCAGCUCGUCGAGGAAGUGGAAGCUAGUACUGUGCAGAAAAGAAAAGUUGUUGAGGCCUUUGCUUUGAUGGACGUGGACAGUAGCGGCAUCGUUGAUGUUGCCCGGCUACAGGCGUUGUUGUGUGGUACCGAGGGGGGAGGAGCUGAAGAUGUACCUGACCCCCUGUCAGAGUCUGAGUUCGCGUACUUCAUGCUCGAGGCACGAGCGAUGAAAGACGGUAGAUUUGACUACCGGAAGUUUGUCAACGACCUUCUGUUCUCCAAAGUACCAAUUGAGCCCGUCGGAGGCAAGAAAAAACGCAAAGGGAAAAAGAAAAAGUGAGCAAAGCCGCGACGGCGUUUAUCACAAACAGACGUCGAAGGGCGACUGUGACGCUGAUCCUCCCCAGUCUCUCACGAAAUACACAACUGGUUCCGCUUUCUGACGACCCCCUACGUCGCGAUUACAGUUUCGUGAAUCAGACGCCGCU